AUGAUCUCUCUUCCAAAUGAAGUCCAAUUCGAUAUAUUAAAAUGUCUUAAUUUCAACCAAUUAUUUUCUGUUAAACAAACAAAUUUUUAUUUUCACAAUUUAAUUAAUGAAUAUGAGGGAAGCUUGGCUCGGAAGGAAUUUGAUAGCCUCAUGCUAGUAAAUAUUUAUUAACUAAUCUUUUUUUAUUUAAAUUAAUUUUGGAUUACCCGUGACUUGAAUUACCAAACAAAUCAAUAUAGAAAAAUUGAACCUCAAUCUGGGGUUUUUGAAUUUACUUUAAAUGAUCAACUUAAAAAGAAGUGGCAACUAGCGAUAGCUGAAUCAAUUCCACUGUAUUUAGAUGAAUUUGGCAAAAAAGUAUUUUAUUUGAGGACAAAAGGUUUUAAUUAUUUGGGUGUA